CGUCAUGACAACAAAGAUGGCUGACGAAAGGAAAAAUUGUUUUCGUCUUUGGUUCUCGGUCCAGCGGCUUGAUUUGUGCGAUGAUAGCCCCGUUUCUCCGCCUCUGGAAGUCUUCAUCCCGAAGGAUGCAGACUCGCACGUCGUUCGGACGAUUUUGAGGGAAAACUUUGAGCUGAAUCAGCCGGAUUUGGUGAUAAAGUUGCGGAACAACAGAGGAUCUCUCAUCCCCAUCAACCGCGAGAUCCCGCCCAACUCCAAACACCGUCCGUACGCGCUGGAGGUGUGUCGCCGGUACCAGCACGUGUCCGCCGAGCCGCGCUCAGUCGUCAUGCCCAGCUACUACCACACCGUCCGCGCCAGGCUGCAGCAGCUGGGGGGCAGGAUAGACCGGCUGGAGCACAUCGCACCCGAGCUCAGAAUCAGGAGGACUGCCCGUCUGGAGGCUGAGAUGGACGAGCUGGACCAGAAGUUACGUUUCCUGAACACCAGACUACAGGAGGCGGAGAGGUACCAGUGGCAGGGCAUGUUCAAAAGACAUCCGCUGUGGUGACAUCUACACUGGAUGGAGAGAAAACUUCACCAAGGGAGGGACCACAUGUUGGAAGAAAGAGGGAAGCGUACCAAGCAUCUCAAAUGUGCACAUAGACAAGAGCAUGAACAAGGCUGUUUGCCAUGGAACCUGGAGCAACCAAAUGUUUCCUGGCAAAACAGCCGUGCAAAGUUAAUGUGAAAUCCAGGAUUGCAGAGGAGCUGAAUGCAGAGCACCAGAAAAGACAAAAAAUCUGACCGACCAUCACAUAUCCCUGCAUCAUCAUUUCUUCUGGUUUUGCUCAUAGAAAAUACCUUAUAUAAAUUGCUUUAAAAACAGUAUUAUUUGUACUAGUAUGUAAGUGCACGUCUAUUCAUUCACGAACAAAAAUAUAGUAUGUAGGCCAUAGGUCAGCCAAUAUUCAUUUGCUGUUUCUAAAACAAUUAUAUGGUAGAAUACAUUGGUUUUCAAAGGAUUCUUUGCCUUUUCCUCUUUUAUCUAUUCUUACAAUACCAAGAGCUCACUAUCCUCAGUUUCUGUGGAUGCUAUAUUUUGAUGGCUACUACAUUGUACAUGUUUUUUGUACAGGAACUGUCAAACCAGAUGGCAAGCUUUCCAUAGUUUGGUACAAGUUAGAAACACAUAGACAAAACAUUUGUGAAGAUUUCAUAUUCCACAAAGAGUAGCACUCAGUGACUCACAGUAUUAAAGAUGUGCAAGUCAUCAUCAGUAUUGGUAGUACAUUCAUGUACAAGCAACAUCUGCUGUACUUUGUAAGUGUAACG